UCUCUCUCUCUUUCUCUCUCUCCUUCGCGUGUAACUUCCGAACAAAAACCUACUGCGAGGGUCUGACCACCCCCAUUUUGCAGCACACUCGCAUCCAGAUAGAGAGCGAAACUGACAAGCAACUCUAGAGAGAGAAACUACCCAGCACACCACAAGAGAGAGAGAGAUAGAGAGAGAGACAAGAAAGUGUGUUUGAGAGAGAGAGAGAGAGAGGAGAGGAGAGAGAGAGAAGUGUGGUUCUUGGCAUCGAUUAUUUGGAUCUUGUCCCUCCUACAAUGCGCAAUUUGUAGCGGACAAGGGUUUCAUCGCACGAACAAGUACUGGGAAAGGCUUCGAAUUUUGCAGUUUCGGACUAUUCCGGGCUUCGAUCAGGGCAUUGAUUGUCCAGUGUUGAGGGUUUGAUUGAAGUGUACUCUGGUAUUUCUAGGGUUUGAUUGGAGUGAUUAGGGCUUUGAUCACGGCAUUGAUUUUUGAUUGAGGAGGUGAACUGUGGUUUGUUGAGGUGAACUCUGGUGUUUCUAGGGUUUCAUUGGAUAACUUGUGGGAAGGCUUCAAAUUUUGCAAUUGUGGAGUGCUUAGAGGUUUUGAUCUGGGCACCGAUUGUUGAUUAAGGAAGUGAACUGUGGUGUCUUGAGGGUUUGAUUGAAGUGUAUUCUGGUGUUUCUAGGGUUUCAAAUUUCGCAAUAUCGGAGUGCUUAAAGGUUUUGAUCUGGGCACUGAUUGUUGAUUAAGGAAGUGAACUGUGGUGUAUUGAGGGUUUUUGAUUGAAGUUUACUACUCUGGGAUUUCUAGGGUUUCAUUGGACGUACUGUUGCUGCGGAGGCUUUGAAUUUUGGAAUUUUGGAGUGACUAGGGUUUUGAUCAGGGCACUGAGUUUGAUUUGAGGGAGUGAAGAGAAAGGGUUUGAUUCCAGUGUACAAUGUACGCGGUCAUUGACCUUUCUAGGAAUCGGCAAGGCAGCGUAUUUGGUGGAUGUGGUAUUUUGUGGUUCGCUAUUCAAAUUGCAUAAGAAAUAUGGUGCAAGGUGGUUGUUUUGGGUAUGACUAUGGAAGAGGAUUGCAGUUUAUAGAUUGAAAUAUUGUUCGUGGGUUAACUGUUCCGGGCUUGAGCCCUUUCGGAGUGGUUGAUCCUCGGUGGGGAAUGAUUUUGGUAUUAGAUUCUGGUGACAGGGUGGGUUUGAUGAUUCUGUGCUGGUUAGUCAGGAAAGGCAGCAGAUCGUGCUAUAGCAGACCGUUUGGGUUAACCUAGUUUGAGCAGAAUCUAUACCCAUUUAGUUUCGUUUUUGUAGUGUGUUUUCAUCUGGAGUUUCGCUACAUAUUAUAGCAGUUCGGAUUAGGUUGCUGUUGCAGUAAGUCUGAACUCGGAAGUGAAACCUGUCCGGUGGUUUUUAUCUUGUGCCCGAGUUCUUAUAACUGGUGUUACUAUAAACUGACUGCAAUUUGUAAUAAGCAGUUUCCGUAGUAAGAUUUUACUACAAAUAAUUGGAAUCCCGUCUGCAUUUGAAGCUAAAGUUAACUGGAAUUUGGUAGGUUUCAAAUUUUGUUGGCAUUGGAGGUACGAAAUUUUGAUGAAGUAAUAUUGAAGCCGGAAAUGAAUGUGGGGACAUGGUGCAUGGACAGGAGCAUAGUUUCUGGUUCGUUUCCUUAACCGAACAGCGCUGCUGGAAAGUAACUGAAGCAAUUCUGUUUCUGUCUGGUUACCAAUUUACUUAUUUUAGUAUACUGUGCAAUGUCUCGCUGCUUUCCAUUUCCACCACCUGGCUAUGAAAAGAAGGCUAGAUUGGAUGAUGCUAACUCACUAAAUAAGGAGAAGCAAAGAGAGAAGAAGCCUAAGAAGGAAAAGAAGGACAAGGAGAAAAGGGAAGAUAAAGAGAAAAAGGAGAAAGAUAGAAGCGAUGGAAAACAUAGAGACAAGAAAGACAGGAAAGAAAAAGACAAGGAGAAAAAGAAGGAGAAGGAAAGGGACAAAGAUAAAGAUAAAAAGACCCCCUCAGAGGACAAGAGGCUUGCGGUUCAAUCUGAUAGUAACAAGAAGGAGAAGCUUGAUCAAAAACAUAGCGAGAGAGAUAAAGAUAAAGACAAAGACAAAAACAGUAUCUCAGAGGAAAAGAAACGGGUCUUGCAGUUUCAUGGUCACAGUGGAGACACGCCUAUUCGCAACAGUCUUUUUGCUGAGGGAACUGGGGAAUUCAAAUUUGUUCAAGAGUUGUGCAGGAGGAUUAGAGAUGAAGAAGAAGGAACUGGGAGCCAAUUAGUUGAUAGACUUCCAGUCACAGAAUGGAAAAAUGUUGAGCGGGACAGAGUUGUGCUUAAGGAUGCAAGAAAUCUGUCUGGAGGGAAGGAAAGGAACGAUGAGAAAGGAGUUGACAAUAAAAAGAUCAGUGGGGUUAAUGCAAGAUGUAGUGGUAGUGCAGUGGUCCAGAACCUUGUUGGAUUGGUCCAAAACAGAGUGGAUGUUCUGCCAAGACCAUUGGAGAAACAGUUUGAGCAACGGGUGGAAGAGGAGGAGAAAUCAAAAGAGAGGGAAGGUGGCGACAAAGGUGGGGAGAAACGCAAGGAUAAAGACAAGGAGAAGAAAAGCCACGGGAAGGACAAAGAGAGGGAUAAGGAGAAGAAAAAGGAGGAGAAAGUGAAGGAGAAAGGUGAACAUAAGACUAAAGAUGGGGGUAAAUUGCAAGAUAGCCAGAAGAAUGACCAACUUGGUGCUUUGAAGGUUAGAAAUACACAUGGUGCCAAGGACGGUGACAGGAAUUCUGCUACCGAGGGAAUUCUCAAGAAAAGGAAGGACCUCGAAGUGAAUGGAUUUUUGCAUGCCACGGAUGUUAGGCCUCGUAAAAUGCCACGGCCCAGUCCUCAUCUGUCGACGGAGAAUGGAAGAAAAUUGGAACCUUGCCAUACUGCCAUCCUGUUUACUUCUGGUGGUACUGAUGUUAGGCCCAUAAAAUUUCCAAGGCCCAGUCCUCAUCCAUUGGUAGAGAAUGGAAGGAAAGUGGAACCUUGCCAAACUCCCAUCCUUUUGACUUCUGAUAGGCAGGGUGUGUCACCGAGUAAUCUUAAGUUGAAUAACAAGGAACUCAAGGUAAAUGGGGUGAUAGAAUCUCAGCCAUUGCCCAUCUCCUCAAAAAAGUCCCCAUCUCCAAGUACAAAAGCUGAGAAAAAUGGUGAAGCUUUGAUAAAGCCGCCCCAUCCUGAUUCAGAGUAUCUGAGCAAGGUACUUUCAGUUCCCAAAAUGGAGGACUGGUCUGAUUUUGAUGACCAGGAAUGGCUAUUUAGCAGCAAAGAUUGUCUGGCCAAGAAGAAGCCCAAGGUGGGGUCUGCUGAGAGCCCAAGGGUAUGGGCUGAAGCUCUGCAGAUAGAAUCAGCAGAUAUUUGUGCUCUGCCGUAUGUUAUUCCUUACUGAGGGGUGUUUAACCUGAUAUGAGUUGAUGAGGUGAGUUCUUCAGAAGACCAAUAUUUGGUGAAUUUUUUGGAAGCAUCCCGCUCUUGAAAGAUGAUGUCCGGCUUUAUACGUCUGCCGGAUGUUGUUCCUUGCUGGUGCGUCUUUAAACAGAAAUGACUGGAUGAGGUGAGCUCUUCAGAAGAACGAUACUUGGGCAAUGCUGGAAGCAUCCAUCUCUUGAGAGAGAUUUUCCGCUUUAACCCUCUACCAUAUGGUAUUCAUUGCAAAUGGUUGUGUAACCGUGAAUGACGUAAUGUGGUGAAUUGGAAAUCUCUUCAGAAGAUGAAAACUUGGUGACUAUUGAAAGCAUUCAGCUCAUGAGGGAUGAGUUUCAGUGUUGAUACUCCAGUUUUAUAUUUCCUCCAUGUGUGAUCGAGCAGAUGGGUAGUUAACCGGGAAUGGCUGAUGAGGUUCUCUUUAGCAGACCAAAACUAGGUUAAUUUUGGGAAGCAUCCAGCCCUAGAGAGAUGAUUUUCUGGUAUAAUCCCUUUGCCAAACAAUAUUUGUUACUGAUGGGUAUUUAACUGGGAAUGAAUGGCUGAGGUGACCUCUUCAGCAGACCUAACUUGGUGAAAAUAGUCGCAUCCAGCUCUUGAGAGACGAGUUUCUGGUUUUAUGGCUGCAUUUUUCUGCCAUACACGCACGUGACUGAUACAGACAUCUUAUUUUGUUUUCAAGUGAAAUAAAUCCGUCACAUGUCAUCGUUGCUCUCCAGUGGGUUGGCAUCAGUGGACAGUUUGCAUUGAAGAACUAAUUCAUUUGGCAUGGAAGAACAUUCCACGUGGUCCCGAAGGAGGGUUGGCAUCAGUGGACAGUUUGCAUUGAAGAACUAAUUCAUUUGGCAUGGAAGAACAUUCCACGUGGUCCCGAAGGCGAGAGACCCUGCGAAAAACAGUGGGUUGGGUGAAUGGGCUUGGCGCCGGCUGGGUAAAGAUUGUGCAAUUUUAUUUUACUUUUGUAGUAUCUGAUUGAAAGCUAAGAUGCUCUUGUUAUAGUUGAAGUUGUUGAAGAAAACUAGAUGUGCUCUUUGCAACUCCACCACAAUUUUGAUUUGUAACAUAGAACACUCUUAUUUAUAUGAAAUGUAAGAUAGAGAGAGAAAAAGAGAGAGGUAGUAGUCUCAAUUCUAUUGUUUAACAUCACAUGUAUAAGUAGUGUUACAGUAGUGUUGUUCAUAAAUCCUUAAUAUUGUGUGUAGAAUCUUGGAUCUUGUUCUUCUCGAA